UGAGAGGCCUCAUUGUAACGUUUGCAAAGAGGGACGCUCCGCAGAAAACCGGCUUCUUUCUCUCUCUAACCCCUGCUUUGCUUCUGCGUUUAUUUCUUUCGCUUCCUCCUGUUUAUCUCCAUCACUCUCUAUCUCUCUCUCUAAACUAUAUAAACCCUCUCUCUCUCUAAACAAUACGGCGCCUUUUUUUGGAGAUCUUUUCUGAGGCCUUUCUUUGACACACUCUCUCUUGCUCUAUCUCUGUUUCUUUGAGAUUUUUGAGGUUUCUCUCUCUCUCUAGAGAAAUGGCAGAGGCAAAAGAAGGCGAAUUUCUCUCCAAAGUGUUUCAGAUUGAUGAAAUAUACGAAUUUUCAGCACCGCAUUUCUUCGACUUUGUGAGUGGAGAAACCGAAGAAGAGAUGCACAAAGCUCAGCUCUGGUUUGAGAGGGCCUGUGGUCACAUUCCAUCGCCUUUCAUACCAAGAAUCAAAUUGGGAAGAUCCACAAAGAUAGACAGGCAAUGUGAUUUUGAAGAUGCGGAUUCUGUGAAGGAGAUUGAUGAAAUGGGUACCAGAGACCCUACGUUGGCACCAGAAGAAAUAAGGUGUGCUUCUGAGCCAAAUUGCGUGGAGUCAGUGAAAGUUAACAAUCAAGAUGAAUCCAAGGUCAAUCAUGAGAUUGAUGAAAUGAGUACCAGAGACCUUACGUUGGCACCAGAAGAAAUAAGGUGUGAUUCAGAGCCCAAUUGCAUGGAAUUAGUGAAAGUUAACAAUCAAGAUGAAUCCAAGGUCAAUCAUGAGCAGGUCGGUGCUCCUAAAUUGGCUAAAGAAUCAGAAGAAAGAAGGUGUGCUUCUGAGCCAAAUCGUGUCGAAUCAGUGAAAGCUAACAGUCAAGAUGAAUCAAAGUUCAAUCAUGAGCAGGUUGGUGCUCCUAAAUUGGGUAAAGAAUCAGGUUCACGGGACUUCCAGGAAGAUGACAGUUGUGUGAAUGUAGUAUCAUCUCCGGUAAAUAUUAAAAAACCAAAUUCCGAAAAUGAAUUUGCAGCUGUUACUGUUCCUUCGAAGAGCACAAACCCUUGCCAUGUAAGAAGUGCUGCCAAGUGUGCCCCUCCAAAAAGCACAAUUCCUAGCCAUGUAAGAAGUGCAGUUAAGAAUUCACCCUCGGUAGACAUUGCACUGGAAAAUCGGGCAAUUAAAAGACAAAAGCUUGAUGGGGGUCGAUCAAGACAGAUUCUUAAUGUUAAAGAACGAGUACUACUCCACAAGUGUAGAAAGGAAGAGCCAUCUCCAUUUAUUUCAAUGGCCGAAAUGGUGCAAAAGUUCCAAUCAAAGCCUAGGGAGAUGGAAAUUUCUCAUGGCAGAUCCUACUCCCAAGAUGAAACUGCUUCGCUUACUCAGAGGAAGCCCAAAUUAACUUUAACAAGGCCAAAGCAACCAGAAUUAGAGACAGCGCAUCGGGCUCGACCUGUGAGGCUCAAGAGCUCAGCAGAGCUUGAGGAGGAGAUGCUAGCAAAGAUCCCAAAAUUCAAAGCCAGACCAGUGAAUAAGAAGAUACUGGAAGCUCCUUCCUUCCCAAUGCUACCAAGAAGUACUCCACAAUUACCUGAGUUCCAGGAAUUCCAUCUGAAGACGAUGGAGAGGGCUGCUCAACAUUGGACAAUGUCAUCGGUGGCUAACAACUCUUCACUGUUGGUAGGCAAACCCAAGCCUGACCACUCACAGGGUCACCAUCUCACUGAGCCUAAGUCACCGCACCUGGAGACUCUUCUUAGGGCACGCCCACCUCAGAUCAAAAGCUCUCAAGAAAUAGAGCAAGAGGAGCUUGAAAGAAUGCCCAAAUUCAAAGCCAAGCCACUAAAUAAAAAGAUAUUCAGCAGCAAGGGAGACCUGGGGGUUUUUCGUAAUCCUAAACGCCUAGUCACAACACCAGUGGAAUUUCAUUUUGCAACUGAUGAAAGGAUACCUCCGACACCACCAAUCACAGAUCUUUUUGAUAAACUUUCCUUGAAAUCAGAGCCUUGUGAUCAAGAGAAUCGUAUUCCUCAUAUCACAACACCAAGUCCCUUCCACCUCCAAACAGAAGAGCGGGGUGCAGAGAAAGAGAAGAGAUUUUUAUCAGAAGUCUUACACCAACAAUUAGAAGAGCAAAAGGCCAGGAUCCCGAAGGCCAAUCCAUAUCCUUAUACCACUGAUUACCCUGUUGUACCCCCCAAACCAGAACCAAAAGAAUGCACAAAACCAGAGGCUUUCCAACUAGAGAGCCUUGUUAGGCAUGAGGAGGAGAUCCAAAGAAUGAUGGAAGAAAGGGAGAGGAUGGAGAGAGAAGAAGCCCAAAGGAGAUUAUUCAAAGCACAACCAGUCUUGAAAAGUGACGCAAUUCCAGUCCCAGAAAAGGUGAGGAGGCCACUGACCCAAGUCCAAGAAAUUGAUCUCCAUGUUGAUCAUCGUGCAGUGGACAGGGCAGAGUUUGAUAGAAAGGUCAAGGAGAAGGAGAGCCGGUACAAAAGAUAUAGAGAAGAGUAUGAAGCUUCCAAGAAGAUGGAAGAGGAAAAAACAGUAAAACAGAUGAGAAAGACGAUGGUGCCCCAUGCCAGGCCUCUUCCUCACUUUGACAACCCCUUCUGCCCACAAAGAUCAUCAAAAGAGCCAACAAAACCCAAGUCUCCGAGCCUCCAUGUUGUCCAGCGAAAGGAGAGGCGGCAAACUGUAGCUACUUCUACUGCUGCUCAGCAUAUGAGAUGAGCAUGAAGCAUAUAUGAUGAGCAUGAGAAUGUACGGCUUUUCUCUUUGGUUCAAGAAGGCUUGAUUCCUUUUGUACCCUUAUUACAGAUGACCUGAUGUAGCUCAAAAUAUUCUUUCGUGUCAGAUGUGGCAAUUGUUUUUCAAUAUUAAUUCUAACUGUUCCUGUCUCAUUUAAUAUAUCCGUCUGUU